CUUCCCCUGUUCUCAGCAAUCAGCUCAUUUUUUCUUGAGCAUUGUUGGGUGUCACUAAACCGACGUCGUUGAGUGAGCUUGUGAAGGUGGAAGAAGAAGAUGUCGCAGCAACAGCAGAACAGCAACAUACCAGUGAGCGAGGUUUUCUGGACUCUCGCUGAUAAAGCCGACAAGAAGUUCUCCAACAUCAGAGACUUGCCUUAUUACCAGCGCUCUAGGCAUGAUACAUACUUUUAUAAGGUGUUCAAGGUGUACACACAAUUGUGGAAGUUUCAACAGGAGAACCGGCAGAAGCUGGUAGAAGCAGGGCUAAAAAGAUGGGAGAUUGGUGACAUUGCAUCUCGCAUUGGACAGCUAUAUUUUGGGCAGUAUAUGCGCACAAGUGAGGCGAAUUAUCUAUCAGAGUCAUACAUAUUCUAUGAAGCCAUAUUGACGAGGGAGUAUUUUAAGGAGGGGCUGUUUCAAGAUGUGAAUAUUGCAAACAAACAAUUAAGGUUUCUUGCACGGUUCCUGAUGGUGUGUUUGGUCUUAAACCGAAGGGAAAUGGUGCAGCAAUUGGUUAAUCAGCUUAAAGUAUUAGUAGAUGAAUGCAAGAGGACAUUCCAGGAAAGUGACUUUAAAGAAUGGAAGCUGGUGCUUCAAGAAAUAGUCAAAUUUUUAAAAGCUGACACAGCUUUUAUCAAUAUCAGACCCUUGAGAUACAGUCUAGUUUUGGACCCUCAUCCAGAUACUUUACCACAUGUUCCUGCAGCUAUCACAAAACGAAGUUUAAAAUUAAGAGAUGCUGUCUUAAGUAGUUCCCAUCAAAAUGAGGUUAAGUUUUCAGAUAUUACUCUUGACACUUUUCGGAUGCUUCAAUGCCUGGAGUGGGAACCUAGUGGCUCAUUUUACCAGUCUACUGGUUCAAAACUUGGUCAGAAUGGAGCCACCGGGGCUAGUCGUAUUAGUUACUCCCAAGAAAUUGCUGAUCCUACCUUACCUGCAAAUCCACGGAAAGCUGUGUUAUACCGUCCAUCAUUAACCCAUUUUGUAGCUGUUCUUGCCACAAUUUGUGAGGAGCUUCCUUCUGAUGGUAUUCUCCUUGUAUACUUGUCGGCUUCAGGAUCUUGCACUGCUGCAAAGAAUGAAUCUGGUUGUAUACCCCUUGGUCCCCGCGGAGAUGGAGGACCAAACUGUGUAUACCCAUCUGACUUUCUACCAUUUACAAGAAGACCACUUCUUCUGGUCAUCGAUAAUGAUAACAGCAAAGCAUUUAAGGUUAUAUCCGGAGCCGAAAAGGGAGAAUCGAUUGCUAUGCUCCUUUCUCCAAGCUGUUCACCUCCAAUUGCAUCUGAUUCUUCCUCUCAUAUUUCAAAUGGUAGUAUAUUCACCAUGUUUCUUACCGCUCCCCUGCAAGCUUUCUGUCUGCUGCUAGGAUUUUCAGGCACUGAUAUUGAUUUGGACAAAUAUAACAAAGCUGAAAUGCUGCUCUCAUCUUCAUUAAACAACUGGGGAGCUGUGUUGGCAACCACGGACACACUCAAUCCUGUAUGGGGACAGGUUUUAGGUGAUCCCUUUAUAAGGAGAAUUCUUUUAAGAUUCAUGUUUUGUGAGGCAGUAUUGACCUUGUACGCUCCAGCUCAAGACAAAAGUGAGUUCCUUCCUUCAUGCGUCCCUUCUCUUCCAACGCCUGUCCUGCCACCGAAUUAUUCCUAUCAGAAUGUAAUUCUGCAACUCGCCGGAAUUUUCGGUGCAACUAAGUAUUUUGUCUUCUCAGAGGAUGAUCUUGCUGACAAAACACAAACAAACCUGGAGUUGUAGACUCUUGUGAAGAUAAGCGAAAGCUUCACUUCAACAGCUUAGUGUAUACUGUUUCUUUGUAUAGUAGAAAUCAAAAGUGAAUCUCUAUUCUUGUUUGGCCGUGCGAUUUCCUAGAACUUGAGUGCAAUAUUGGUGUUGAAACAGUUUUUGAGCAUGAAACAAAUUAUGUUGUGCUUUUGAGUUUUUACAAGCAAACACUUGAUUUGUGUUGCAAUUCGUUGUCGUUAAAUGGCCAGCACGUGAACAAGAAAGUCCAGAAGUUUGAUAGGGCUGUCCCUAGGAACUAUCAUUUCUUGUAGCAUAGUAUUUAUGAUAAUAAACAAGUUGGGAGGUUCGAAUCACA